AAAUUUUCGUGCUACGGAAUUUCAUGUUUGAUGAAUAAUCCGCUUUUGCUCUUAAAUGUUGGCCUUCAGUGAAGACAUCAAUCAUGUUUGAUUCUUAACUCACGUGAGCAUAGCUAAUGGAGACAUUAUUGCCAAGGUGUCCUCUGGUAAGAGUACUGGACUGCUAAACAUAUUUUGUUAAGUUUUCAAUAAAAAAUCUGCAUCCAAGCGAUUAAUCGGACUAUGAAUCAAAGUGUGGCUGGUAUACAACCAAUCACUCCUGCAUGGAAUGAAGAAAGACGUAAAAUUCUUUUAAUUCUAGCAAUCCUCGGUAUUAUUUCAAAUACAAUUCUCAUAGCUAUUACGUUUGCAACAAAGAACCUAUUCAAGGAUGACGUUAGGAAUUCAGGGAAAUUGAAAUGCGAUAAUGCAACAAGAAAAGCAAUUGACAAAGCCUUUUCAAGUCGACGCAAGUUUUAUUUUUUCCUGUCAAAAUGUUGCUCUACUUCAAACCACGAAGAACAGAUUGUCAAUCAGUCAAGGUUAAUGCACUCCUGCUAUGAGUUUGAUUUGAACUGUGGUUGCUGUGUUUACAAAACUGAAUUUCAAAGUUACUGUAUUUCAAAAUAUCAAAAUAUAACUCCAGCCUAUCCAAACAUUGAGUUGGAUUUGUUGAUAGAUAACUCAAAGAGUGAAUUCGGUAUUGUUUCCACCGUUUCAACUCAAAAAUUUCCACAAAAUUUAGCAAGGAGUCCUGGUGAGUGUGUGGAGAAGUAUUCCUUGCAGAAUCAAAGAAGUGGAUCACAAUUUCAAAAUGAAGAAGAACAUGUAUCUAAAUGCGAUGGAUUUCUCUCAAAUCCUAGCAAAAAUGACUUAAAUAUAGCAAAUAUGAGGUUACAUUCUCCAACGAUAUUAUUGACAGAAAUAUCAGAUCACUUUCGUUGUUCAUCCUCCUCCGCAAAUAUCACCGAAUACAGAACUGAGGCCUUAGAAAAAACUAGUUGGCAAAUAUUUCGUUUCCUAAUACAAAUCUUAGCGUUUGCUCAAAUCGGUUAUUUGAUUUUUGAAAAUCUUCUGCCAUGGAUAUCAAACCUACUCAUCUUUCAUCUUGGAUUCAGCUUAAAAUUGAAACUAAACAUCAACUGCCGUUUAAAACGCAUGUUUGGAACCUUUUUCUUAUUAUUUGAAGAGUGGAGUUUGCUUCUAUUUGGUAUAGAACGUGUAUGCAAAAUUCUGUCAAGAGCCAACUUAUUCAACAGACGCUUUCAGUCAACAAGUUUAUACUCAAUUGAAGAUAACAGGCGAAGACCACAAUCAUUAUGCUUAAAAUUAAGUACAGGAUUAUUCAUUGCAGUAAUAUUCGCAGCCUUAAGCAAUUAUUUAUGGGUUUUCGGUCAGCUUCACUUGAUCAACUCUGUAAAAUAUGUAGAUUCAGUGGAAAACGUAAGUCUAGUUGAAGCAGUUGUCGGCUGUAAUGUUAGAUCGGAGUAUUUCAGAUUAUAUUAUACAUUCCUAAUUUACAUGGAUCCCUUGUUUUCCUUUAUCAUACCACACCUCUGUUCUGCUACAUUUUUCAUUGUCAUUAUACUGCAACGCUGCCUUGGAUCAUUUUGUUGCAAAUCACAAAUGCCACCAAGGACAACAAUGGCGCAACUUCGAAGUUCACGAGAUGUUACUCAUCCACAAACUACACUAAUGUAUAACACUUCCAUUCAUGUAUGUACUUUGAUUGAUCAGUUGAGCACAAUCUUAUACCUUCUUGACACCUUCUUAGUGGUGUCCUUGAAGUUUUGGCGCAAUAUUGAAAAAACACUGAUGGUGUUCUUUCGUAUCACAUUAAAUACAAAAUAUUUAAUGAUAAGGAAUGAGUUGUACCAUUUAGUAUUUUGUUUAGUUCCAAUGACAACAGUCACUGUGUACUUGACUUUUUAUUACAGAAUUAGAAGAUGUUUUGAGUUGCGUCAGAGAGCUUUGGAUGUUUAACUAGCUCUACCUGAAAUGCUCGAUGUAUAUUAGGAUUUGACAUUCAUGCAUUUUUCCAUAGUAUGUUUCUGUUAUUUGUAAUUCAGUGACGUAUGCGUGUCUAAAUGCUGGCGAAUGGUAAAUAUUUUUCUAUGUACUGCUUCAACGCUAUUUUUCUCUCCUUGAAACAACUGCAUUCCGAGUUCUAA